AUGCAACAUCAUAAAAUCAUCGAGCGACCUCGCGAUUUGCUUCAGUUUCGUCGCGACGCAAUGAUGAUCUUCAUUAUUAUUCUGUCGCUCGUAGUAAGAGCAAUCUCCUCUUUAUUAUUUGUACAGGGAUCGUCAUCAACGCUCGACGACGACACAGCAUCGAUUGAUCUUUUCUCGAAUAAAUCUAACGAUGGUGUUAACGAACUGGUUGAGAAAUUGCACGGGACAAAGCGGAUUCGUCUGACAAUCGAUCUCGUUGAGAAGAUCAUCAAUAUUCAGCAGGCGAUGCUGGAAAUUAACGACGGAAUCGAUCACCAUCAGAAUUAUCUCGGACAUUUCAACUUCCUUGGAACGUUCCUUGGAGCAAAGAUCAGAAUCAUGCAAAAUCAGCCUCAUGUAUCUGAGACAAAGAUGGACAAGAUAUCGGCAAUGGAUGAGAUUCUGAAAGCGGUACAUCAAGUCUUACCAAUGAAAAAGUCCGCAAAGAUACCGUCAAAAAAACCGAAAGUGACAUUUGGGAUGUCUUGAUGCCCGGCGACCCGCAAAAGAUUUUGAAAGUUCUAACAGAUCCUUUCUACAGCACAGCUUUUGUAAUGUAAUUUUAGUCGAGUACAUGAUGUUAUACACUGCAGCAUGUAAUUCGUAGAUUCAACGUCAUAAAUCGAAAGGGUUUCCUUUUCUAUCCGUACAUUCACACUAGGCGAAAACUGCAUGACUAUUGUGUAACAUAUUACGUCACGGACAGUAAUUUAAGCAGUCGAUGAAUGUUUGCGUAAAAUUGCAUGACGAUAGUUUCUGCACAUUUACGCAAAUACGGAUAAGGCAAUUAGUAUUGAGCCGUCGUGGAAAGCUUGCCCUGCGUUUGUGGAAUGAAGCGGAAACGCUAUAUGGUAUCGGAAUGAUUACAUAUCGUUAGAUCAGAUGAAAAAGGAAAAUUACAAGUUAAAUUUUUAAUGCGAAAAUGAUCUGAGAUGCAAUUCUAUCCAAUUGACGACUCAUAAUGUAUGAUAAUUGCCACGGUUACAGGAACAUCGCGUACAUAUCGAUAAGUGUAGCGAUUACUCACAUGGAACCUCUAGACACCGUCAUGUUCAGGCCAUCGAGCACUACUUUCUCGGAUCCGUAACGCUUUGUAGCGUUCCUCACGACGACAGCCUCCUGUUGCACCAUUUCGCGAAAUGGUGAGGAUUGCUCGCUCAAUGAUGAAACUGCGACAGAAAUUUUUUUCCGUUUAAAUUCGAGACAAUGUUCUUAAAACGAUCGUUUUGUGCGAUUUACGAAGAAACAAUGCCUUUAUUCUGA